AUGGAUGCCCUCCAUUUCAAAGUUGACCAGCUAAAGGUGUUAUGGCAAGAUUAUCGUUUCGCAAACGAAGCAUCGGGGAAAGACUACUCAGAUCAUGGAGAGUGGGCCCGAGAUAAAUUACAGACGAUUUUGACAGAAUUUGACAAACUCAUUCAAGAACAAAUUUUAUGGAAGUCAACUCUUUCUGCUGAAUUAGAAGAUAUGCUCACGGAAAUCGAGGAAUAUUGUCAUAUAUUUGGUCGAAAGGCUGAUACAUUAAUCGAUCAUGCUGCUUUACUAAGUUAUGAAGUUAAUAAUGCCACGCGUGACGAGCUCGCAAUUAUCCGAAAUGCGUUAAAAGAGGAGUACGAAGUCACGAGAUCUAACGUCGAUAAGUGGUUGGCCGGACUUAAAGUUUUUAGUCAGGAACUUGAUACCGGCUAUGUAGUUCCACCAGCAGAGGUUUUUGAAACCGACUUAAGCACGGCUGUAGUUCGUCCGUUAUGGUGUAAAUAUGAUGAAUAUGCUAGUAAAGUGGGUGGACUACGCGAAUCAUUUGAAAAUUCGGCUAUCAAACUUCAUUAUUAUUGGGAAAUGCUUAGUUAUAACCCACAAGAUGAAAUAGAUACAGCUUUAGCUCAGUUAUUUUUAGAUAAAACAAAUCCAAAAGAACUUUACAACGCGUUAUUACAAAGCGAAGUAAAUAAUCAAAACAAGGACAUUGAAAAUAGAGAUAAUAGUGAGUUAGAGCAACAAAAAUUAGAGUUAGAUUUAGAAAAACGAGGUUUCGUUUAUUACACGCCACAACUUCCCGAAGGAAUAAAAUUAAGACCCGAAUAUCUGGAAAUCUUAAAGAAUAAGUUGACCAAUUUAGGUAAAGAUUAUGAAGAACGUAGAGGUAAGAUGGCCAUGAUGCAACGAGGCAUCAAAAACCUUUAUGAUGAAUUGAGUAUUCCGGAGGCAGAGAGAAUUGAAUUGAUCGAUUCACUGGAUCAAGAAUAUUUGGAUAAAUUAACGGAGGAGUUUGAACGACUUCGAGAAAUUAUGCGUGCCAUCAUUCAAAAAGCUAUUGAUGAAUAUACCGUACAAUUGGGUGAACUUUGGGACAAAUGUUUGGUUCCUGAAUACGAACGUGAUGAAUUCUUUGCCAGUUUACGUGCACUCGAUUCCGCUGAAGAAGUUUAUGAGUUACUUACUCAAGAAGUUGCUCGUUUGCAGGAACUUUAUGCCAAAUGUGCCAAGAUCUAUAAAUGGAUGUUGGAUAGACGUGCUUUGAUCGAGAAAAUGAUUGAGUUUGAGAAAAAGGCUUCGGACCCACGUCGUCUCUUCCAAGCUUCAUUUCGUUUAAUGGAAGAGGAGAAAUGGCGUAAAUCUUGUUGGCCCAACUUGGUCAAAAUAGAAGAUCAAUUGAUUAAUGCUUGUUUGACAUACGAAGAAGCUGAGCGAAAGCCUUUUAUGCAUGAAAGCAAACGUUAUUUGGAUACUUUGCAAGCGGAAAUUUCAGAACGUAUUGUAAACCAAAUGUUCUUUGGCUUCGAACAAAACUCAACCAAAAAGGAAGAGAAGGAGAAUGUUAAAAAUUCAGUUAAACGUAAAGAUAGUCACGCUACUUUAAGGGUAUCGGCAAGUCGACCAGCUUCACCGACACAUUCCGUAAAUGGGGACGCCCAUCAGCGAAAAUCGUCAAGACCAACGCCUAGUCGACCGGCAUCUCCUACAUCAAAUGGAAUGCGGUCACGCAGAAAUAGUCAAGCCCCUAGAAUAGCUGCUAGCAGGUCAACAUCACCUUCUGGGUUUGGAUUGUCACCAUCUAGAUCAAGAAGGAAUAGUCAGGCACUACCACCCAGUCGAUCGGUUUCGCCAGCACGUUCCGUCGCCUCGUCACGUGCAGUUUCUCCAGCCAGAUCAGAAAUUACUACAGCGUCCCGGAAACGAAGUAGCAUGUACUUAUCGAGUCCGGUGGAAUCACUAUCACCCACUAGUCCAACUACUCGAACGAGAUCAACGGAUAACAAAUCCACGAAUUCAAGAAGAACGUCGUUAUAUGUGUCAAACUCUACAGGUACGACGAAUGGUCAUAGACCAAGCAAAUCUGAAGAUAAAACUUCACGCCGACAAUCACUCUUUCUUGGCGAACUUGAAAAUGCUACUCAGAGAAGUGGUAGUGUAUCUAGUUCUUCAAGUGAAUCUUCUUCCGUUUCUACACCUACUACACCUGAACCAUCACAAAUAUCAUAUGUUAUUAAUGGACGGUUGGGUGUUCCCCCCACAACUCCACCAAAAGGUAAAACACAGUCAUCAACUGAAGCUAAGAAAUCAGACGGUAAAUCGACCAUAAGAUCAUCAACGAAAUCAACAACAAUUAAACCAUCAACCGCUUCAUCACAUCCUCCACCUGUAACUAGAAGAUCAAAUACAGCCCCAGCUAGACCCAGACCAAAGAGUACAAUUGGUGCUACAUAUAAUGAUCCCGCGGGUAUGUUGAAGAAACAAGCAACAAAGAGAAUGUCAAUGAUCGUAGACAGUGGUAGUUAA